AUGAAUGGCACCAUGCAGCUUGGGUCACAGCCCUCCGGCUCUUCCACAGCAGCUGCCGCCAUAGACUACGCCCAUCAGUCGGAGAAGCUCUCGCACCAGCUCUCGCACGAUAAGGAGCACCCAGAGUCCGUUGCCGUCGAGGCCCGCUUCGUGACUCCCCAGGAUCCUGUCAUCGUCACGGCCGAUGGCCACCGUCUCCCCGGCGUGCCUUUGCCCGAGGCGUACAAGCUCAACGCCCUCAAGGCUGCCCUUGACAAGGAGAGAAGUCCAGUCCGGCGGCGCUCACGAAGCCAGUCUACCGGGCACCUGAAGAAGGUCAAAGAGGCCACGAACCAGAAGCUCCAGGGCAGGAGGGGCCGCAAACCGAGCGAGGCCGCCCUGGGGGCUUCUUCACCGCCCUCACACACCAACCCGUUGUUCCCACCACUCCCGCUUUACGGUCCGCCGUCACUGUUGAGAGACAUACAAUGUAUGACUUUCCGGGUCUCGGCAUUCUUCUUGAGCGCCGCCUUCCUCGCCGUCAUUGUGCUGGGUGCGCUGUUCACGAGUAUACCUCCUUUGUGCCUCAGGAUAUGGUCGCGGCUCAAGCUGCAAGACCCCGACACAAAACGGCCGUUUCAUCAAGAAGAGCUGCGGAGGAGUAGGACUCGUGCUGAAGAGAACGAGGCUUGGGUAAAGCAAAAGGCGGCGCGUGAGGGGGCGACCAACGGAACGAGCGACGAGAAAGGGACACCGCAAACGAGCAGCAGUAACUUCACGCCAACCGAAGGUGGACCUGAUCCCAUUGUCUGCGACCCGGCCUACUAUGCGCGCAGGGUGGGCCUCGACAUCGAGGAGAUCCAGGUGCAGACCGAGGACGGCUUCAUCAUUGACCUGUGGCACGUCUACGACCCGCGCGAAUACACAAAGCUCGAUGAUGAGGAGCGAGGAUACCGCACGCCGGACCCGUUCACCGGGUCCAAGCGCAAGCGACUCCGGAACCCCAACCAGAAGCCAAAGUUCCCCGUACUCCUGAUGCAUGGUCUCCUGCAGAGCUCGGGCGCAUACUGUGUCAAUGACGACGACUCCCUCGCGUUCUACCUGUGCAAGGCCGGAUAUGACGUCUUUCUCGGCAACAACCGCUGCGGCUUCAAGCCAAGACAUGUCUUGCUGGAAUACUCGGAUCCGCGCAUGUGGGCGUGGAACAUUCGGCAGAUGGGCGUCUACGAUCUUGCGGCGCUGACCUCGCGUGUGCUUUUCGAGACGGGGUUCGACAAGAUCGGACUGAUAUGCCAUUCGCAAGGGACAACACAGACGUUUGUGGCGCUGGCCAAGGAGCAGAGGCCGGACCUGGGAGAAAAGCUCACCGUCUUCUGUGCUUUGGCGCCUGCGGCAUAUGCCGGUCCGCUCAUAGGCAAAAUGUAUUUCAAGUUCAUGCGGAUCAUCUCGCCUGCAGCCUUCCGCAUCAUGUUUGGCAUACAUGCCUUCAUCCCACUCAUGAUGGACAUGCACGCGCUUCUCCAUCCGAAAAUCUACGGCUGGCUCGGGUACAAGGUGUUCUCGUUUCUGUUUGACUGGACGGACACGCGGUGGGACAGGGAGCUCAAGGACCGGAUGUUCCAGUUCGCGCCUGUGUACGUCAGCGCCGAGUCGAUGAGAUGGUGGCUUGGCAGAGAGUGCUUUGCCAAGCACAAGUGCAUCCUUUCCACCAAGGAGCAGUGGACGGCCGAAGAGAAAGAGGACGAGGCUAUGGGCACUCUGGGCACUGUUCAAAUCAAGGGACGGGAGAACGGCAGUGCUCUGGCAGACCAGCACGGCAAGCAGCAGCAGCAGCAGCCUGGCAGGAGACGCCUCAAGGGAUCAACAGCAUGGUACAACGAGCAGGUGUGCCCAUUCGCGCUCUGGGUCGCAGGUAACGAUGACCUGGUCGACGGCAAGAGGCUGCUGCGACGCUUCGAGAAUGGCCGGGAGCCCCAUGUCAAGGUUGUCCACAGCAAGGUCAUUGAGGGAUACGAGCACCUGGACGUCAUCUGGGCGAUGGAUGCCCGAAAGCAGGUUUUUGACGAGGUGCGGGACGUGCUGUGGAAGACGUGCAACGUCAGGGACAAGUGCCGGGUGCCGGCUGGGUGUGAGGAGGUAGAGGCGUGGGUGAGUCCAAAAGAACAAAGCCAGACGGAAGGGGAGCAGUCGAGCAGCGAUGCAGUCUCGUGA